UGGAGGCAACACGUAUCCAUUUUGUGUCGCUUUUUCACAAAUGGAGAUGCAGAAAAGAACCGUGGCGAGAUGGAACGGAAUAGAGUCUACUCAUACGAGUUCACGAUCCGUGACAGAAACGGUGAACGGGUCACAUGAUUUCUUAAUAAAGGGCUUCUCGUUGACGAAAGGAAUGGGCGUAGGGGUGCCCUUAAAGAGUGAGAGUUUCAGCGUGGGAGGGUACGAGUGGGGCAUAUACUUUUACCCUGAUGGCUCCAAGUUAGAGGACAACAAAUAUGUCUCCAUCUUUGUAGCGCUCCUUUCGGACGCCACCAACGUUCGUGCCCUCUUUGAACUCGCCAUGCUCGACCAGAGUGGUGAAGAUGACCACAAGAUCAACAGCCACUUCGACCGCACCCCCGACGCUGGCCCUCACACCCUCAAAUUCAAGGGCAGCAUGUGGGGGUUUCGGCGGUAUUUCAAACGGAGAGUGCUGGAGACGUCGAGGUUUCUGAAGGAUGACUGUUUGAAAAUACACUGCGUGGUUGGGGUUUUGGUGUCAUCGUCGAUGGAUUGUUCUAACUUGAACCCAAUAGAAGUUCCUGAGUCUGAUAUGGGGGCACAUUUUGGGAUGCUGCUUGACGAUGAGGAGCUAUCGGAUGUUACUUUCGUAGUUGAUGGAGAAAAGUUUUAUGCACAUAAGCUUAUUCUGACUACACGCUCAACAACGUUUGAAACUCGGUUUCUUGAAGGGAAAGGGUUAGAUAAAAGUGAAAUAGUUAUUACAGACGUGGAACCUAGGGUUUUCAAGACUAUGCUUCAAUUUAUUUAUAUUGACAAUUUUUUACCGGAUGAAGAGCUCCUUAGGCAUUGUUCGGCAUCUUUGGAGUCUGUAUUUGAAUCAUUUGUUUCGAAGUUGUUAAUUGCUGCAGAAAAGUAUGGUUUGCCAAGACUCAAGAGUCUUUGCGAAUAUUUGUUGUGUCAAGACAUAUGUGUAGAGACUGUUGCCUAUCUACUUGCUUUUGCUGAUUGUCAUGAUGCUAUAGUGUUGAAGUCCAAAUGUCUUGAGUUUUCUGCUGAUUACCUUGAUGAUGUGUUGCAAUCUGAAGGUUGCAAGUAUCUUAAGAAAAAUUGUCCAUUGCUGCUAUCAGAACUGGAAAUGAUGGAAUGCGUGCAGAAUGUGGCUGAAUGCAAGGGCAAAUUAACAAAUGAUGUGCCGGUAGGUGAAGAAGAAGCUAGGGUAGAAGAACAAAAUCAAAAUGUCUCACUUAUUAUUGUUGACGACAACAAUUAGGAUGAAGUGUGACAUAUA